UCUGGCAGGUUACGUCGAGGCUCUGGCCUCCAAACUGGGGAUGCAGGUUCCAGAUCUGACACCCAAACAGGUGGACAUGUGGCAGACCAGGCUCAGCUCCCACAUGGGUAAAGCCAUCGGCGUGUCCAUCGGCUGUAUUCUAGGGAUGUUCCCGCUGUUUUUCCUGAGCGAUGAUGACGAUGAUGAUGAAGAAGCGAAGCCCCGCAGUGACCCAGACUCCUCCUAAAGUCACCGCAACACAAACUGGAGCCGCUGGUGUCUGUUUGUCGUUCUGCUCAGGCGCUCUUCACCACUUUGAGUUUCUUUUUCUUCAGCUUGAAUCUGAUGAUGUCAUCUCCAGCGUGCACAGGUUCUGUUUGUUUAUAGAUCGUAAAGAACGGAUCAUCGUCUCACUCCUGUUUCUGAUUGAUUUCUGCAUCGAGCCAGCAGUGAUGGAUUAUCUGCUUAACAAGAAAACCUCCGACUCYUGCUGCUGCUGCUCUAAAAGCACAACAUUGUUGUGACACGGUGCUCAAUAAGGCAUCAUGUUACGCCUYAGCUGUUGGAUUAAGAUCUUAUUUUAGAUCUGAUUAUUUCUAAAACACUAAAGCAGUCUGAGCUGCUUUGUUCUGGUUAAAACUGUCCCUCCUGAGGGUUUUUCUCUUUGUGUAGUUUUAACCUUCACAAACGGCAAGUUGUGUAGGAAUGUGUCCUUCGUGCAUGGAAAUAUGUGAAGGCAGGAAAAACAUUUAUCUUGAGCAGAUUUGAGAAUUUGUCUUUUGAAAUUGCCAAAUAAUCGAGGAGAACUUUUGGCCACAGCUUCUUAAAGGACAGAUCCAGUAAAUCCCACGCUGUGGACGCUUCUGGUCUUAAAGCAGACAACUGAUUCCACCUUUUGUGUUUUAUAUUUUAGAUGAAACAUUUUGUGUGAAUUCCACUUGAGUAGGUUUUUAAAAUGAGAAAUGCUCACCUGUAACUGUGGCUCCGCCUCCUCGCAGUGGAGGAGGAGAAUCAGCCAGUUGCACUUUUUAAAUCUGAAAGUGGAGGAUGUUUCCUGUGUUUGCAGCAGGAACACAUUUAGAGGUGUGUUUAUAUAUUUGUGUUGAUUUUUUUUCAUUUAAAAUAAAAGCACAUUAGAUUAUUAAUAUUUAGUUGUUAUCUGAGACUUUAUACAAGUGGAGACUUCAUCUCAAACACUAUUUAUUUAUGAGUUAGGCACAAACUGAAGUCACUGCGGGUGAUCUGAGCAGUCGUUGAACUUCCACAACACAAUAAAAAUGAACCAGGAUGGGCGUGGGUUAAUCCAGGAUUAAUGUUGCUGUUUUUGCAUGAAGAACUAAUAUCUGUGUGUAAUCAACAAUAUCUUUGUAUGGGAUGUUUUUUAAAUAACGAUCCUCGGAUGUUUUUAUGGCUUUAAUGGAAAGACGGAGGUGUUAUUUUUAGUUUUGGCUGUUUUGAUUCUGUUUUUUUCUUUAUCAUUUGUGUUUAGCUCAUCUCUUUCACACAUAUUCUUGACUUGAGUCCAGCCAUCUGUGUAAUUUACUGUUUGUUUAGACGUGAAGCUCCAGAUGGUUGGACCGAUGCAGUCAAAAACAUCUUUAUGCAACGAAACGACAGCCCAGAUGUUUUUGACUGGACGUCCAUCAGUGUGUCCACACAUCAACACACCUGCCAGGUGUUUAUUAUAAUUACAUUCUGUAAUCUCCUCCCGUUUUGAUUUAAUACCUGAGCUGUGGCUGCAGCUUAGAGGGGUUUUAUUAAUCUUGUUUAAUAAAAUGUCAGUAACUGGGCUCGUCCUGAAAGCUCAAACUGUAGCAGAACAUCCUUUGCUCUUCCACCAUGUGAUUUAAAAAAAGGAAAAGCUCGAUUUAUGUGGAGCAGAAAUUAUUGCUCAGAGUGGAAUCUGCAGAUGCUAAUACUGAUGCAGCUUUUGUGUUUUGUUUUGUUUUUUUCACCUGAUGUUUUCAUUUAAGAAGAAAUCACUCUGCAGUGGUUGUUGUAAAAUUCCAGAAUGUUACUGUGUUCUGAUGUUGAAUUGGGCCCAGUUAAUCUGUAACCAUAACAUCAAUUAUAGCAGUUUUAAAAUUCAGAGCAGAUCUGCUGCGCUCCGACAUCAAACGUUCARGUUUCUUGAAUAUGGAAUGAAAAUCUGAGAAAUAAUCUAGGACAACACCGGAUUACAUAAAACAAUAUUCCCACCUCAGUCUCAACGUUGCAUUGGAACAUCUCAUUAAAACCUUGUAAAGCUUGAACUUUUCCAAAUUAGAGUAUGUUCUCAUUUACUUACUUUUAUUUCAAGGAUUGUUUUGUCAAAUAAGCACAAAAUAAAAAUGAGGAUUUAAGGGCUAAAAAAAGUUUUCAGCUGAUCUGAAUAUKAUGAACACAGCUGCAGAAGGAAUUUAAGUUUAUAAUUGAAUAAGAGUGAGAUCUGCUGUUAGGAGGGAUUUGUUGAAGGAAAAUGAGCGUCUGGAUCAUGUAAAGAAUAAAAGCAUGAAUAACCUGAACUUGUAUUGCUUUCAUCAUGUUUACAUUGUGCAUUUUUUUCCUUUGAGAAUGAAUACAAAAACUUAUUUUUCUCAUUGUUCUCUGAAGAAAAGAGUUGAAAUAGAAAUAUUGUCGUGUUUGUCAAAAGAAGGCUGUUUUGCUGCCACCUGGUGGRCAGUUGUGAAACAGCAGCUGCCUCACGUUUGUACUGAAAUCUGUACUGUGUGCAUACAGUGUUUGCAUUUUGCAGCAUCAUGUGCAAUGAGUGAUCUAAUAAAUAUGAGAAUGUUUACUUUA